AUGUUUGGAUUCGCCAAGAACCUGCUCAACACGAUGCUGGGCGAGGGCGAGCAGCCCGGAGGCCCCGGCGGGGGGCCCGGGGGGCCGCCGGGCCAUCAGGGGGGCCCCAUGGGCCACCAUCCCCCUGGAGGGCCCGGCGGCCAGCUCGGCGGCCAGCACCCGCAGCCCAUGCUGAUGCGUGGCCAAAUGGGAACGUUCCCCCGGGCGGGAGGACCCGGGCCGCCUAGGGGAGUGCCCCCCGGGCUCACCCCGCAAGGCGGCAUGCGGGGCAUGGGUCCCCCCAUGGGUCCCCCCAUGGGCAUGGGCGGCCGCAUGAACGGACCCAGGAUGAUGGGGCCACGUGGGCCUGGCGGGCCCAUGGGGCCGAUGGGGCAGAUGGGGCCCAUGGGUCAGAUGGGUCCCGGCGGAGGCGGUCCUAUGAGGAUGGGAGGUCCAGGACCCCCUGGCGGUCCUGGCGGUCCUGGCGGCCCUGGUCCCCACGGAGGGCCGGGGCCCGGCAUGAUGGGCGGGCCGCACCACGGGCCGAUGGGCCCCGGCGGCCCCGGCCAAGGCUUCCAACGACCUGGCAUGCCUGGAGGCCUUGGAGGGCCUGGAGGACCCGGAGGACCUGGCAGUCUCGGCGGCCCCGGAGGAUUAGGAGGCCCUGGAGGUCCCGGUGGACUUGGCCCUGGAGGACUUGGAGGUCCUGGAGGACUAGGAGGUCCUGGAGGACUAGGAGGUCCUGGAGGACUAGGAGGUCCUGGAGGACUAGGAGGUCCUGGCGGACUUGGAGGAGGACCCACCGGCUCCGGCAUGUUAGGCGGGCCAGGAGGCUUCGGAGGACCGCCGUUCGGAGGGGCCGCCGCACACGCACCCCCACCACCUCCAGGUGGAGUUCCAGACGUGGAUCUGAGUCAUCUUAGCGAAGAAGAACGGGCGAUGAUUCAGAAUGUGAUGGCGAAAGCGCAACAACUAGACAAAGGAGAAACAGGGCCAACAAUAAAUAGUAGAAAAGAGCUUGACGCACGGGGAGCACUGCACCCACCAGACAAUAGAGCUAACCAAUUCGGGUUCAAAUCGUGUUCCAUAUGCCACAUGCGGGAGGUGGGCAACGGCGUGGGGCAGGAGUGUGUUGAAUGUAGAAGCCUCACCUGCCACAUGUGUGGCGCUCUAGUUCCAAGCCACGACUCUAACAAGAAUACGGAAUGGAUGUGUAAAAUGUGUAUGAAAAGAACGAAUGUCCAGCCUGUGCCUUGGCAACCGCCUGGACGAAAUCCUCAGACUGGCCAACAGCAACAGCCGUGGGACUCGCAACUGCGAAGGACGGGCAGCCUGGAGCGCGAGCGUGGAGCAUACAGUUCAACAAUGGACGAAGCGACUGGGCGGGGGCCCAUGAGUUCCAGCGGCAUGCCAUUGACUGGGUCGCAGUCCCUCCCGCAGUCUCCAAGAGGGCAGUUGCGGUCGCAGAGAUCUCUCGACGGAGCUCUGGGGGGGUCCCUCGGAAGAGGGACGGAAUUAGGACGCGGUAGGGGUAUGUCAGCGCGGCCAGGCUCAAGAGAGAGUAUGUUUGAGGCUCAGCAUAGGGACCUCAUGGGCAAUGAUUACCCUCCCAGAAAUGGCAUGGACAUAGAUAGGCAACUAGGACAAUAUGGGGAAAUGUCCGAGUUAAACUUUUUGGCAAAGCAGCAGCAGCAGCAACAACAACAGCAGCAGCAACUUCUACAACAAAAUCAAAGUUUACAAACUCAACAAUCCCAAGCUCAAAGUCAACAAACUCAACAGCAACAGCUUCAGAACCAGCAGCAGCAACUACAAAUUCAACAGCAGCAGCAACAACUACACCAACAGCAACAGCGCCAGCGGGAAGUUCACCAGCAGCAGCAGUUGCAACAAGAGCAACAGCACAUGCAGCAACAGCAACAGCUUCAGCAGGAACAGCAAAUUCGUAAUACUCCGCACACUCAGCAAAUUCAACAGCAACAAGCUCUGCAACAGCAGCAGGUUCUGCAAGCGCAGCAGCUUCAACAACAACAGCAAGAGCAGCUCAACAAACUUCAACAGCAGAUGCUGCAGUUGCAACAACAGCAACAAGAGGUCAAGUUACAGGCACAAGCUCUUCAGCAACAGCAAAUGCAGAACAAAACCGGAAGAAUGAUCGAUUUACAGGGUGCCAUUUCGGCCCCAGCCGCGGUCCCCCAGGGCUCUCCUCCCCUUACGAGGGCCGACAAGGCACUGCUACCGCGACGGUCCAGCAGGUCACCCAAGUUGUCACCUAUCCUGGACAUGUCUCCUUCGGUCGAAACGGCCAGUCAGCUGGAACACGGCCAGGGAGGCUCCGGGCUGGACCCGGCGCAGGCACAAGGCCUGUACGGUGCUCAAACUAGCUUGGCAGGCGCUAUGGGGGGCCUGGGGGCGCACACCUCUGUGGCCCCGGGCAUGACCACCCUCUCUGGAAUGACUGGACUCAACAACAUGGGCUCGGGGCUUGGCAUGGGCGGUCUGCAGGGGAUGCAGGGCCAGAUGGGAGCCAUGGGCAAGAUGGUGACGGGCGCGCCCACGGUCACCACGUCCAGCACCAGCAUCAGCGGCAUGCUGGCGGACUUCAGCCGCGCACUGGGGCUGGGCAGCACGUCACCAAGGCCGUCGCCGUCCGAGGAGCGGCCGGCAUACGACCCCCACGACCCACUGGCGGCGCUCCACCCGCCGCCACUAUACGGCAGCGCGGGCUCCACCAACACCUCCACGAGCUCCAGCGUGGCCGGCACCAUGCACGGCCUCGCCGGCAACACCAAUCUCACAUCGACGGCCGGCAUGGUGGGGUCCAUGGCGGCGCAGGGCAUGGCGGCGCAGGGCAUGGCUGCCGGCGUAGCGGCGCAGCAGAACAAUCUCCUCACGCAGCAAACCGUCGCCCACCAGCAACAGCUCCAGCACCAGGUGCAGCAGCUGGCCAAGCAGAACGCGCUGCAGCAGCAACACCAACAGCAGCUGCAGCACCAGUUGCAGCAACAGCUGCAGAUGCAGCAGGAGGAGCAGAUGCAGCAGCAGUACCUGCUUCAAGAACAGGCCCACCAGACCCAGAUGCUGCACCAGCAGCUGCAGCAGCAGGCAGCGCAGGCGGCGCAGCAGCAGCACGUGGUGCAGCAAGUGGCGCAGACCGCAGUGCAGCUGCAGCAGCAGCAGGCCGCCGUGCAGCUCUUCCCGCAGCACAUGACGCCCCAGCAGCAGCAGAUGUACCAGCAGCAGAUGCAGCAGCAGCACCAAGCGCAGCACCUCAAGAAGACGCGCCGGUCGCUGCCGCACCAGCACCAGGGCGGCAUGAUGAACCAGCAGGACCUGGGCAUGCGCCAGACGGGCCGCACGCACCUGGGCACCAGCCAGCCCGUGACGAGCGGGUCGCUGUCGCCGUACGCCACGCCUCAAGGCACGCCGGUGGGCACGCCGCGGGGGCCGCGCGACCAGGGCGGUGACUCGUCCGACACGCUGUCCGAGACGGACUCGCAGAAGAGUCUGCGCAUGCGGCGCAAGCUGCCAGCCAUCCCACCCGAAGAGCCCGCGCCGCUGCCCUGCAACAAGAAGCGGGACCGGAAGAGCCACUCGGCGGACCGCUUCCGGUCCUUCUCCCCGCUGCGCCAGGCGUCGCUGGACGGGUCGUCGGCGAGGUCCUCUUCGCUGAUGCUGACGCGGCCCUCGGCGUCCGAGACCAACCUGCGCAAGAUCGCGCACGGCGUGGACCAGGUGCCGCGGCCCGGGUCGGCGCUCGGCCUGCUGCAGGGCUCCAGCGUGGUCAGCUCCACGGGGCUGCCCGUGUCCACGUCCUCGCUGUACGCCAGCACGCAGAUGAGCGACAUCGCGUCCGUGCUGCCGCCCGACCUCAGGCACCUCUUGGGGCCCGGGGCGGCGGGCGCGGCGGCCACGGCGGCGGCCCACCUGGGCCACAGCGACCCCUACGGCAAGACGAUGCCAAGCUACAUGCAAACGCUCAAAGAGCAGCUCAAGGAAGAGAUGCGCGCGGACAGGAGACGGCUGCUGUCACUGGACAAGGAGAGAGAGCUCCGGUUUCGGCGGGAACGGGAAAAACUGGAAGCGUUGAGGGAUCCUCUCAAACGGCUGGAGAUGCAGAGGAAGAUGGCCUCGCCGGUGCUGUCCCGCUCGAGGAAGCUGCGAGUACACCGACGGCAGCUAUCGGACCCCAAAAUCCACCCUCCCUUUUCGCCCAUCACCGAGGACAGAGAUCUGGAGAACGAGUACGACCGGGGAUACUUGGGCUUCCUCCACAAACCGCCGUACAAGAGUUACGAGUACGAGUCGAUAGACGACGGCCACCGGUCCGAAUGGGACCCAAGCCACUCCUACCUCAGCACCUCGUACGCCGCGGCGGGCGGCGCGCUCCGGGAGACGGCCAUCAACUCCGUCCUCGACGAUGACCGAUAUUUCUCAUCGUCGAGGUCGGGGCUGCGGCGCUCCUCCGACGUGCUGGCCGGCCGCUCCUUGACGCGCAAGCCGCGCAAGCCUCGCUCCUGGCACCCCUCUCCCUACGGCAGCGACGAGGACGACGACGCCGUGUUCCGCGAGGAGAAGAAGGCCAAGAUCAAGGCGGAGAUCGCGCGCCGCCGCCGGGAGAUCGAAGUGAACGACCGCCUGCACGAGGAGCUGGUCCGCCUGGCCAAAAUCCGAGAGAGCGCCGAGCUGGGCUACGACACGCCCCAGACGGCGGCGUCCUCGGCGUCCUUCGCUGCCAACGACCUGGGCGUAGGGGUCCUGGGGCGGCACGCCCCCGUGGGCUCGAGGCACGGCGUGGCCGGCGGCGUCGGUCCGUCCGACUACGCCAGCUCCAGCGUGCUCAAGUCCAUCGACGAGCUGCUCCUCACGGACCCCAUGGACUACACCCACCACCGGUCCCGGUCGCCGCGGCGCCACCACCCUGUCCACGGCCACCCCUUGGGCCACCCCGUCCCCACCGAGGAGGCGGACAGGUCCAUGGACCGGAUCGCCUCCACCUUCCGCACCGACGACUACACGUCCGGCCUGUACGAGCGGCUGUCCGACUUCUCGCCGCUGACGGACUUCACGCCGCACGCCAUGCCCCUCCUCCCGGACAUGCCGACCAGGUCCAGGAAGCUCCUCGAGGACCUGGGCAGCUCGCCCAUCACCGAAUCGGUCUUGGCCCUGCCACAGAAAGGCAAGUACGGUUCCAGACUGUACGCCAAAUGAAAUUCGUUGUUAUUUUCGACCCGAAAUGCGAACGUGUACCCGUCUGCAUUCGCUGAGAGGAGGAUUUGUUAAGUUUUAACCCUUGAAAAAAAUUGUUAUACUUCACCAAUGAAAAUCAUUAAAUUGUUGUUUAUUAUUAUAACGCGCGUGAUGCUUCAUCCGCAGAAAAACUUUUCUAUGAGUCUAUCACUAAAAGAAAUCUUUCUCUUCAUCUCUAUUUUUUCUCUAUCUCGAAUCUCCACAUAUUACGGGAAAAGGGCUUUCUCUAAAUUUUCAAUCUCGAUCUAAGUGAUUUGGCAGGAGUCUUCAUGCAUGCGUCGCAUUGGCAGUGUCCUGCUUUCAACCUGCAUCACCACCCGUCACCGCGCUCCUGGUCGAGAGCCAAGAGUGUCUAUCCCAAGCCCUAUCCUUAUUUUUAUUCAGAGACGAUUGCCAUCACAGGAUACGGUCUAUAGUUUCCAUUCCAUUCGAAAUUCCUCCUUGCACUGAUUAUACAUAAGUACAUUGCAUCUCUCAAAUUGUAGAAAUCCACAUUAAAAUUACAAUACCAGUUUCUCAAAAUUGAAAACGUAAGUAGACAAUUUGUCAAACCAGCACAAUGAAUGGCGAGAAUGGCCUGUCGACUGUGAUAGCAACCCUCUCUACCCUUCGCCACCAUAUCUUUCUUUCUCAGUGUUGUAUAUUUACUAUCGCUUUCUGAAUAUUGUCACGUUAUUGGCUGCUGUGUGUUUAAAUGUGUGUUUUGUACGUGGGAUUCAGCUGAUAUUCAAAACAUUAGAAAAAUAACAUAGAUAAGGUUGCUGUGAUUUACUAAAUGCCUAGUGUUUCAUUUUAUAGAUUGGUAUUUUUCUUUGUUUGGUGGGAGGGGUUUGGGGGGGUCUGAUAUACCUUGUUUAUUUUUUAAUUUAAAGUGGAAGUGAAAACAAUAAUUUGGACUGUACAAGUGUGGAAGUACCAUUCCAAGAUCGCAAUAAGGGACAGCUUUUUUGUAGGUCAUGUUAAGUGUAACUGCCAUCACUUGCCACGUAACCGUCACCGUCAUCAUGUUCGCCAUCAUCAAACCAUCACAGCUGUCUCUACUCCCCGACAGAUCGAUUUUAGUUCACGUGCUUGCCAAGAUGCCAACCUCAGGGGUAGAAGCACAAUAUUUCGUGGAGAGAAAGAGAGAGAAAUUGCACUACUUGAUUCAUAUCAGCUUAAGAGACAAAUAAUAAAAAGCUUAGCGCUGGCCGGGGUUGCGGCAUCGAAACCAGGCCAGGCUUUGUACAUUGCCUUAAUUCUUAUCAUUCGGUAAUAAAUUAAACGCUAUGGUACUUAAUAAUUUUAUUAUUGACGAGAGCAAGUUUAGGUUUUGGGAGGUAUUUCACGCCUCUCGCUGCUGUUGAGCCUGUGAGGCUGUUGUGAUAGCAUCACCCUGAUGUUUCUUUUGUUUGCCUCAAAAGCAGUGUUUAACUCUCAUGUAGCACUUUCCGAGUCAAAUUUGUAUCGGAGAAUAUUUCCCGGUAUGUGUGAGCUCCUGUUUUGCCCGUAAAUCCCAUAAACUUAAGUUUUGCUGGUGUUGGAAUUAUUUUGUAAAAGUGUUCUGGCCAUUAGGGGCACUAGGGGCACAACGCAAGUUUAUUGCUAUUGCAUAUUUUCAUGUGAUAGCAUGCGGACUCUGGGUGUCCCGUUUACGGCUUUCCGAUUACCGCCGAUACGUUACCUGACUGUUAUGGCUUCCGUUUUAAUGCCACGGACUUCGGCUUUAAUGUAUUAUGUACAAAUGCAUAUACAAUACACGUUUUGUAAUUAAAAGUUUUUAAGGAAAUCAAAGGAUUUUUAAAGGACAAAUACCAAAUUUCGUUAAUAAGCUGGCAAAGCUCUGCAAAUUCGCCUGAUAGGCAGUGAAUUUCCGCUGUUGUCUUUAUUGGACCACACUCUAUUGUAACUGUUACGAAACUUUGUCACAAUAAAAGGGUUUAUUGUAGAA